AUGCCUAGCACCCUCUUCUUCUCCAUUCCCAGUUUUCAAAUGGAUCAAAUUGAUGUUCUUGCUGCUGCUUUGGGCUCAAUCCCAGCUCUGAUAUGGGGUGACAGAGCUGGCGGCCUGGGAGCUCAGCACUAUCUCCUAGUCAUAGACGACACUCACUUUCAACGUGCUGUGCAGCGAUUGCGAAACGCAGAGUUCCGUGAUUGCCCAUGGUCGUAUGGCUCAUUACACCCAGAGUUCUAUACAGGAAAGAUAAAGGAGCAGGUUUAUCGUAAUAUCGUGAAGGACUACGGUAACCUGGAUCGACACUCAGCUCGUUUCCUGUUUCCAACAGACGAACAAUCUCGCAUGAAAGUUGUUCUUCUUCCGACAUCAUAUACCCAUCUUGAAGUUGCGCAUCCUUCCAAUGAAGCACUGAAGCCUGGUUCCUGUAUCUACUACCCAAACGCCGCCCGCCUUCUCCAAAGUUUCGUGCAGACGUUGGUACGUGAACCUGUCAGGGGAAUGUGGACCUCGACUCUGACAGUAUGGAGUAUUUCAUAUCUCUACGGGGAACUCGGGCUUGGGCUUGAUGAGAGCGCAUUAGAUAUGUGCGGCGAUGAUGAAGCCAAAGAUUGGUUCGAUAAAAAAAUUUUGAGGUUCGCUGGUGGUAUGGACCGAGUGACAUACACAAAGCGGUUGGGAAGAGUCGGCUACGAUGACAUUCAAAUUGUCGUCAAUAUUUUGAAACAUUUUCUUCUGUACUACCGCAGUGCAACGACCAAGUUGACAUACUCGUGUCACACCCCCACUGUUCGCACACUACUAGUUAAGCCUAUUAACUACCUUUCCUCCCCUUAG